CCCAGGCCUCUUGCCAUAGCCCUUCUUUAUUUGAAGUUUUGAUAUUUUAUUCAUCGAGAAUUUGGCGGCACUAAUUUUUAUUUUUUUUUGAACAUUGACAUACCAUGUACCUUGAUUGCUAAGAGGCUGGGUAUGCCCUUAAAUUUCGUGUUGACAGCACAAAGGUGUGCCUUGCUGGUCUCACCUUUGGGACUUCAGGGAGUCCUUCCAGGGACCCCUUCUCCCAGCUCUCUGGUUAGUGCUGUGCGCUGAAGGAAGGACCAUGCUGGGCUCUCCCAGGGGGGUGAGAACAGUGCGUGAGGGACCCAUGGGAAAUCUGCAGCCUGGUCCCUCUGUAGGAAUAAGGUGGGAGUGGAGGGAGGCGGGGGGGACAGAGCGGGGCAGAAGCUGGGGUACACUCCAGCUGGGGCCAACACAGGAGAGCAUGCUGGGUCUGUUUCCUUCUCUCCGGGUCUCAACGUGUUCUUGGAGUGUGAUGUCUUCCCACAGCACACCCCUCACCACUUGGACACACAUGUCCUUUUUUUUUUUCUCUCUAACCUCCAUUUCUGGGUUCCCCAUCCAUGAACUUCACAGCUGCAACUCCUGUGACUUCUCAUGGUGAGGCAGGGUAGGUGCAAAGCCAGGGCACACAGCCCACCAGCCCCUUGUCCCUCCCCGCUACAGCCUACCCACAGCUAAUCCAUGUUCAUGAUGAGCCCUUUUCUCCUUGGUUAGAGCAGAGAUUUCUCUCCGCUCCAGGCCCGGGAAGGACAUGGGGAAGCCUGGGUUUUGCAACUGUGUCUCUGUUCACUGGACAGACAACCGUGUGUAAGAAGAAGUCAGGAUGACCAUUUCAGACGCCAGACUAGAGUACCUGGAGGAAGUCGCCACUGUCAUGCUCAAGUUCAAGAUAGACAAGUGGAGCAAGCUGAUCGGAGCGGAAGAGAACAUGGCCUUAUUCACAGAAUUCUUUGAAAAGCCAGACAUUUUGGUUCUGGUGCUGACGCUCAACCCUGCUGGCAUGAUUGUGCCCUGCCUGGGCUUCCCGGAGUCCCUCAAGUCCAAAGGGGUUUACUUCAUCAAGACAAAGCCUGACAACGUCACCAAGGAGAACUAUAAGACCCGCCUCCUCUACGGGGACAUCAGCCCGACGCCUGUGGACCAGCUGAUUGCAGUGGUGGAAGAGAUCCUCUAUUCUCUGCUAAACCAAAGUGAGAACAUGGACGGAUGGCCCCGGGUGGUCUCAGAGGACAUCGUGAAACAGGUGCACCGGCUGAAGAACGACAUGUUUGUGAUGGGAGGCAAAAUCAAGGGGAAGACACUGCUGCCCAUCCCGGAGCACCUGGGCAGCCUGGACGGCACACUGGAGUCCAUGGAGAGGCUCCCCUCUUCACUGGACAACUCUCUCUUGCACGCCAUCGAAACCAUUAUCAUCGACUGGUCCCACCAAAUCCGGGACGUGCUGAGCAAGGACUCGGCCCAGGCCCUGCUGGACGGGCUGAACCCCCUGCCCCGCGUCGAGUUUGAGUUCUGGGACGCCCGGCUACUGAACCUCAAGUGCAUCCAUGAGCAGCUAAACAGGCCCAAAGUGAACAAGAUAGUGGAGAUCCUGGAAAAGGCCAAAAGCUGCUACUGGCCAGCCCUGCAAAAUGUUUACAUGAACGUCACGGAAGGGCUGAAGGAAGCCGAGGACAUCGUGCUUUACCUGAAGCCCCUGAGGGUGCUGCUGGAGGAGAUGGAGCAGGCCGACUUCACGGUGCUCCCGACCUUCAUUGCCAAGGUGCUGGACACCAUAGCCUUCAUCUGGGCCACCUCCGAGCACUACAAUACACCCUCCAGGACCAUUGUCAUUCUGCAGGAAUUCUGCAACCAGAUCAUCGAGAUGACACGAACCUACCUGAGCCCGGAGGAGGUGCUGAAAGGCCUGCAGGGUGAGAUUGAGGAGGUCCUGCUGGGCAUCUCCCUGUCCGUGAAUGUCCUGCAGGAGAUCUACCGCGCCUACGACUUCUGCUGUGCAAACAUGAAGCUCUUCUUUAAGGACAAAGAACCUGUGCCUUGGGAAUUCCCUUCAUCCCUGGCAUUUUCCAGAAUGAAUUCCUUCUUCCGCCGUGUCCAAACCAUAGAGAAUCUUUACAAAACAGCUAUUGAGUUUCUGAAGCUGGAGAAGAUUGAGCUGGGGGGCGUGAAGGGGAACAUCCUUGGGAAGCUGGUGACCCAAAUCUAUGAAGAGGUCUUUGAGCUAGUCAAGGUUUUUGCCGAGUGCAGAUAUGAUCCCUUGGACCCCGGAGAUUCGAGUUUUGACGACGACUAUGCUGAUUUUGAGACCAAAAUUAAAGACCUGGACAGGAGGCUGGCCACAAUCUUCUGCCAAGCGUUUGAUGACUGCUGCUCCAUUGAGUCCUCUGCCAAGCUCCUGUACAUGUGUGGAAGCCUCUUGGAGCGGCCUCUGAUCCUCACCGAGGUGGUGCCCAAGUACUCGGUCAUGCUGGAGAUGUUUAACACAGAACUGGACAAUGCUAAGAUCUUGUACGAUGCCCAGAUGGCAGCCUCCGCAGAGGGGAACAUCCCCCCAAUCCACAAAAACAUGCCCCCCGUGGCUGGGCAGCUCAAGUGGAGCCUGGAGCUGCAGGAGAAGCUGGAGGUGUCCAUGAGGCACGUGAAGCACAUUGAGCACCCGGUCAUGUCCAGCGUGGAGGCCAACCUGGUCUACCAGAAGUACGAUGAGAUGAUGGAGCUGCUCAGGGGCAGCCGGCAGAGGGCCUACCAGCAGUGGGUGGCACGCGUGGACCAGGACUGCCACUUCAACCUGGGCCAGCCACUCAUCCAGCGGGACCCGGCCACCAACCUCAUCCAUGUCAACUUCAGCAAGGCGUUGGUGGCAGUUCUGAGAGAAGUCAAAUACUUGAAUUUCCAGCAACAAAAAGAAAUUCCAGAUAGUGCAGAGAGUCUGUUCUCAGAUAAUGAAACCUUCCGGAAGUUUGUGGGCAACUUGGAGCUCAUCGUUGGCUGGUAUAAUGAGAUAAAGACUACAGUGAAGGAAGUAGAGUUUCCACUCAUAAAGUCAGAACUGGAAGAAAUGGACGUCAAGUUGCAGAGUGCGGAAACGACGUUAUUCUGGAACAGUGAAGGUGUGUUCCAGUAUAUUCAAGAGAUGCGAGAAAUUCUACAUAACUUGCAGAACAGGAUGCAAAAAGCAAAGCAAAAUAUAGAAGCAAUUUCCCAGACCAUGAAGGACUGGUCGGCCAACCCGUUGUUUGAGAGGAAGGACAACAAGAAAGAGGCCCUGCUGGACCUGGAUGGAAGGACGGCCAAUCUCAACAAGCGCUUCACAGCUGUGAAGGACGCCGGCGUGAAGAUCCAGGCCAUGGUCGCGGAAAACGCAGAGCUGUUCAGGGCAGACACACUGAGCCUGCCCUGGAAGGGUUAUGUCAACUACAUUGACAACAUGGUCUUAGAAGGAUUUGACCAGUUCAUCCGCAAAUCUCUGAAUUACCUGACGGACAACAUGGUCUUAGAUGAGAGCAUUGCACCCCUGUUUGAGAUCCGCAUGGAGCUGGACGAGGAGGGGCUCACCUUCAAUCCAUCCUUGGAGGUGGGCUCAGAGCGUGGCUUCCUGGCACUAAUUGAGGGCCUGGUCAAUGACAUCUACAACAUGGCCAGGCUCAUCCCCCGCCUGGCCAAGGGCAGGAUGAGCUACAAGACGGAUCUGGAGGACAUGACAGACCUCAUAGAGAUUCGGGAGGAGGUGUCCAGCCUGGUCAUCAAUGCCAUGAAAGAGGCUGAAGAGUACCAGGACUCCUUUGAGAGGUACUCCUACCUCUGGCUGGAUGACCCCCAGGAGUUCAUGAAGAACUUCCUGAUCUUUGGGCAUCCGCCCACUACAGAGGACUUGGACACCCGGACAGAUGAUGCCAUUCCCAAGACCCCACCUAACCUUGCUCAGUUUCAGCAGCAGAUUGACUCCUACGAGAAGCUAUAUGAGGAGGUGUCCAAGUGUGAGAACACCAAGGUGUUCCACGGCUGGCUGCAGUGUGACUGCCGCCCCUUCAAGCAGGCCCUGCUCAGCACCAUCAGGCGCUGGAGCCUCAUGUUCAAACGGCACCUGAUCAACCACGUCAUCAACAGCCUUGCUGACCUGGAGGCCUUCAUGAAAGUCGCCAGGACAGGCUUAACAAAGCCCCUCAAAGAGGGGGAUUACGACGGCCUGGUAGAGGUGAUGGGGCACCUGAUGAAGGUCAAGGAGAGGCAGGCGGCCACUGACAACCUGUUUGAGCCUCUGAAGGAAACCAUCAAGCUGCUCAAGUCCUAUGGGGAGGAGAUGCCGGAGGAGAUACACCUGAAGUUGCAGGAGCUGCCGGAGCAGUGGACGAACACCAAGAAGCUGGCCAUCCAGGUGAAGCAGAACGUGGCCCCGCUGCAGGCCAACGAGGUCAACAUCCUCCGGCGGAAAUGUCAGCAAUUUGAGCUCAAGCAGCAGGAGUUCAGGGAGAAGUUCCGGCAGGAGGCCCCCUUCGCCUUUGAUGACCCCGACCCCUACAAGUCCCUGAAUAAGCAACAAAAGAGCAUUGCGGCCAUGGAGAGCACCAUGGAGGCGCUGUCCAAGUCCGGCAGCCUGUUCGAGGUCACAGUCCCAGACUACAAGCAGCUCAAAUCCUGCCACCGGGAGGUCCGCCUGCUGAAGGAGCUCUGGGACAUGAUCAUCAUGGUGAACACAAGCAUUGAUGACUGGAAGACCACCAGAUGGAAGGACAUCAACGUUGAGCAGAUGGACUUAGACUGCAAGAAGUUUGCCAAGGACGUGAGGUCCCUGGACAAAGAGGUGAAAACCUGGGACGCCUUCCUGGGGCUCGACAACACGGUGAAGAACAUGAUCACAUCCCUGCGCGCGGUGAGCGAGCUGCAGAACCCCGCCAUUCGGGACCGCCAUUGGCAGCAGCUCAUGCAGGCCACGCAGGUGAAAUUUGAGAUGUCAGACGAGACUACCCUGGCGGAUCUGCUCCAGCUGAACCUCCACAAUUACGAGGAUGAGGUCCGCAACAUCGUGGAUAAGGCCGUGAAGGAGUCGGGGAUGGAGAAGGUGCUGAAGACCUUGGACAGCACCUGGAGCACGAUGGAAUUUGAGCAUGAGCCACACCCACGUACGGGCACCAUGAUGCUCAAGUCGGAUGAGCUCCUGGUGGAGACACUGGAGGACAACCAGGUGCAGCUGCAGAACCUGAUGAUGUCCAAGUACUUGUCCCACUUCCUGAAGGAGGUGACCAGCUGGCAGCAGAAGCUGUCCACGGCAGACUCGGUCAUCUCCAUCUGGUUUGAAGUCCAGAGGACCUGGAGCCACCUGGAGAGCAUCUUCAUUGGCUCCGAGGACAUCCGGAGCCAGCUCCCCGAGGACUCGAAACGCUUCGAUGUCAUCGACCUGGAGUUCAAGGCCUUGAUGGAGGAUGCAGUGAAGACACCCAAUGUGGUGGAAGCCACCAACAAGCCGGGUCUCUACAAUAAACUGGAAGCCCUGAAGAAAAGCUUGGCCAUGUGCGAAAAGGCUUUGGCAGAAUAUUUAGAGACCAAAAGACUGGCUUUCCCAAGGUUCUAUUUUGUGUCUUCAGCUGACCUGCUGGACAUCCUCUCCAAUGGCAACGAUCCUGUAGAGGUGAGCCGCCACCUGUCCAAACUCUUCGACAGCCUGUGUAAACUGAAGUUCCGCCUGGACGACAGUGGGAAGCCGCUCAAGUUUGGCCUGGGGAUGUACAGUAAGGAGGAGGAGUAUGUGGAGUUCGACCAGGAGUGCGACCUCUCAGGGCAGGUGGAAGUGUGGCUGAAUCGAGUGCUGGACCGAAUGGUCGCCACCCUCCGACACGAAAUUCCAGAGGCCGUGGUGACGUACGAGGAGAAGCCGCGGGAGCAGUGGAUCUUUGACUACCCAGCCCAGAUCGCCCUCACGUGCACCCAGAUCUGGUGGACCACGGAGGUGGGCCUGGCGUUUUCGAGGCUGGAGGAAGGCUAUGAAAAUGCUAUCAAAGACUACAACAAAAAGCAGAUCAGCCAGCUGAAUGCGCUUAUCACACUGCUCAUCGGGAACCUCAACCCCGGGGACAGGAUGAAGAUCAUGACGGUCUGCACCAUCGACGUGCAUGCCCGAGACGUGGUGGCUAAAAUGAUUGUUGCCAAGGUGGAGAGUUCUCAAGCCUUCACCUGGCAGUCCCAGCUCCGGCACCGCUGGGAUGAGGAGAAGCGACACUGCUUUGCCAACAUCUGUGAUGCCCAAAUCCGGUAUUCCUAUGAGUAUCUGGGCAACACGCCACGGCUGGUCAUCACCCCCCUCACUGACAGGUGCUACAUCACCCUGACACAGUCCCUCCAUCUGAUCAUGGGCGGGGCGCCUGCUGGCCCUGCUGGGACUGGCAAGACGGAGACGACCAAGGACCUGGGCAGAGCACUGGGCACCAUGGUGUACGUCUUCAACUGCUCCGAGCAAAUGGACUACAAGUCCUGUGGGAAUAUCUACAAGGGCCUGGCCCAGACGGGGGCCUGGGGCUGCUUUGACGAGUUUAACCGGAUCUCGGUGGAGGUCUUGUCCGUGAUUGCCGUGCAGGUAAAAUGUGUCCAAGAUGCAAUUCGGGCCAAGAAAAAAACGUUUAAUUUCCUCGGAGAGAGGAUAAGCCUCAUCCCCACCGUCGGCAUCUUCAUCACCAUGAACCCCGGGUACGCGGGGCGCACGGAGCUGCCUGAGAACUUAAAGGCCCUGUUCAGGCCAUGUGCUAUGGUGGUCCCUGACUUUGAACUGAUCUGUGAGAUCAUGCUGGUGGCCGAGGGCUUCCUGGAGGCGCGCCUGCUGGCCAGGAAGUUCAUCACCCUCUACACUUUGUGCAAGGAGCUGCUGUCUAAGCAGGACCACUACGACUGGGGCCUGCGUGCCAUCAAGUCUGUGCUGGUGGUGGCUGGUUCCCUGAAGAGGGGGGACCCCAGCCGGGCAGAGGACCAGGUGCUCAUGAGGGCCCUGAGAGACUUCAACAUCCCCAAGAUCGUGACCGAUGACCUGCCCGUGUUCAUGGGGCUGAUUGGGGACCUCUUCCCAGCUCUGGACGUGCCUCGGAAGCGAGACCUGAAUUUUGAAAAGGUCAUCAAGCAGAGCAUCGUGGAGCUCAGGCUGCAGGCCGAGGACAACUUUGUGCUGAAGGUGGUGCAGCUGGAGGAGCUGCUGCAGGUCCGGCACUCCGUGUUCGUCAUCGGGAACGCGGGCAGCGGCAAGUCUCAGGUCCUCAAAUCCCUCAAUAAGACCUACCAGAACCUGAAGAGGAAGCCAGUGGCUGUGGACCUGGACCCCAAGGCCGUCACCUGUGACGAGCUCUUUGGCAUCAUUAACCCAGCCACCAGAGAGUGGAAAGACGGCCUGUUCUCCACCAUCAUGCGAGACCUGGCCAACCUCACUCACGACGGCCCCAAGUGGAUCGUCCUGGAUGGGGACAUAGACCCCAUGUGGAUCGAGUCCCUCAACACCGUCAUGGAUGACAACAAGGUCCUCACCCUGGCCAGCAACGAGCGAAUCCCCUUGAAUCGCACCAUGAGGCUGGUAUUUGAGAUCAGCCACCUGAGGACAGCCACCCCUGCCACGGUGUCCAGGGCCGGCAUCCUCUACAUCAACCCAGCAGACCUGGGAUGGAACCCGGUGGUGAGCAGCUGGAUUGAGAGGCGCAAAGUGCAGUCGGAGAAGGCCAACCUGAUGAUCCUCUUCGACAAGUACCUGCCCACCUGCCUGGACAAGCUGCGCUUCGGGUUUAAGAAGAUCACACCAGUGCCUGAGAUCACGGUCAUCCAGAUGAUCCUGUACCUGCUGGAGUGUCUGCUCACGGAGAAGAACGCGCCGCCCGACUCCCCCAAGGAGCUGUAUGAGCUCUAUUUCGUGUUCGCCUGCUUCUGGGCCUUUGGUGGGGCCAUGUUCCAGGACCAGCUUGUAGAUUAUCGAGUCGAGUUCAGUAAGUGGUGGAUCAACGAAUUCAAAACCAUCAAGUUCCCCUCCCAGGGAACUGUUUUUGACUAUUACAUCGACCCCGACACUAAGAAAUUCCUGCCCUGGACAGACAAAGUGCCCAGCUUUGAGUUGGACCCAGAUGUCCCAUUGCAGGCCUCCCUGGUCCACACCACCGAGACCACCCGUAUCCGCUACUUCAUGGACUUGCUCAUGGAGAAAGGCUGGCCCCUGAUGCUGGUGGGGAACGCGGGGACGGGCAAGUCGGUGCUGAUGGGGGACAAGCUGGAGAGUCUGAACACAGAUGACUACCUGGUGCAGGCUGUACCCUUCAACUUCUAUACGACCUCGGCCAUGCUACAGGGUGUGCUUGAGAAGCCUCUGGAGAAGAAGUCAGGGAGGAACUAUGGGCCACCAGGCACUAAGAAGCUGAUCUACUUCAUCGAUGACAUGAACAUGCCUGAGGUGGACAAGUAUGGGACGGUGGCCCCGCACACCCUCAUCCGGCAGCACAUGGACCAUGGGCACUGGUACGACAGACAGAAGCUGACGUUAAAAGACGUCCACAACUGUCAGUACGUGGCCUGCAUGAACCCCACUUCCGGGUCCUUCACCAUCGACCCCCGACUUCAGCGCCACUUCUGUGUGUUUGCUGUGAGCUUCCCUGGCCAGGAGGCCCUCACGACCAUCUACAACACCAUCCUGACCCAGCACCUGGCCUAUCGCACGAUCCCCAUGGCAGUCCAGAGGAUGAGCAGUCAGCUGGUGGCUGCAGCUCUGGCCUUGCAUCAGAAAGUCACGGCAACAUUUCUUCCCACGGCCAUUAAGUUUCAUUACGUCUUCAACCUCAGGGACCUCUCCAAUAUUUUCCAGGGGAUCCUAUUUUCCACGUUAGAGUGUCUGAAGAUCCCCCUGGACCUUGCCCGGCUUUGGCUGCAUGAAGCUGAACGAGUAUACGGUGACAAGAUGGUUGAUGAAAAGGACCAGGAAACAUUGCGUAGAGUCACCAUAGCUUCCACCAAGAAAUUCUUUGAUGAUCUUGGUGAUGAACUCUUAUUUGCCAAACCAAAUAUCUUCUGCCAUUUUGCUCAAGGGAUCGGAGAUUCCAGAUACCUUGCAGUAACUGACAUGGCGCAUCUGAACAAGCUACUAGUAGACGCCCUAGACAGUUACAAUGAAGUGAAUGCAGUCAUGAAUUUGGUGCUGUUUGAAGACGCGGUGGCUCACAUCUGUAGGAUUAAUCGCAUCCUGGAGUCUCCCCGGGGGAAUGCCCUGCUGGUAGGGGUGGGUGGCAGCGGUAAGCAGAGCCUGUCUCGCCUGGCGGCGUACAUCAGUGCCCUGGACGUGUUUCAGAUCACCCUCAAGAAAGGAUAUGGGAUCCCCGACCUCAAGCUUGACCUCGCUGCUCAGUACAUCAAGUCUGCCGUGAAGAAUGUACCCUCGGUGUUCCUGAUGACAGACUCCCAGGUGGCCGAGGAGCAGUUUCUGGUGCUGAUCAAUGACCUGCUGGCCUCUGGGGAGAUCCCUGGGCUGUUCACGGAUGAGGAGCUGGAGAACAUCAUCUCCUCCAUGCGCCCGCAGGUCAAGUCCCUUGGCCUGAACGACACGCGGGAAACAUGCUGGAAAUUCUUCAUUGAAAAAGUGCGCCGACAGCUCAAGGUGAUUCUGUGUUUCUCCCCCGUGGGCUCUGUCCUGCGUGUGCGAGCAAGGAAGUUCCCUGCGGUGGUCAACUGCACGGCCAUCAACUGGUUCCACGAGUGGCCAGAAGACGCCCUGGUGUCUGUCAGUGCCCGCUUCCUAGAGGAGACUGAGGGGAUCCCGCGGGAAGUCAAGGCUUCCAUCAGCCUCUUCAUGGCCUACGUGCACACCACUGUCAACGACAUGUCCAAGAUAUACCUGGCUACCGAGAGGCGCUACAACUACACCACCCCCAAAACCUUCCUGGAGCAGAUCAAACUGUACCAGAACCUGCUGGCCAAGAAGAGGAUGGAACUUGUUGCGAAAAUUGAGAGGCUGGAGAACGGGCUGAUGAAGCUGCAGAGCACAGCUUCCCAGGUGGACGACCUAAAGGCCAAGCUGGCCAUUCAGGAAGCUGAGCUCAAGCAAAAGAACGAGAAUGCAGACAAGCUGAUCCAGGUGGUGGGCGUGGAGACGGAGAAGGUCAGCAAAGAGAAAGCCAUCGCUGAUGAAGAGGAAGUGAAGGUCGAGGUCAUCAACAAGAAUGUCACUGAGAAACAAAAGGCUUGUGAGACGGACCUAGCCAAAGCAGAACCAGCUCUGCUGGCCGCACAGGAAGCGCUGGACACUCUGAACAAGAACAAUCUGACGGAGCUGAAGUCCUUUGGGUCCCCCCCGGAUGCCGUGGUCAAUGUCACGGCCGCUGUCAUGAUCCUGACGGCACCCGGGGGCAAGAUCCCCAAGGACAAGAGCUGGAAGGCUGCGAAGAUCAUGAUGGGCAAAGUGGACACCUUCCUGGACUCACUGAAGAAGUUUGACAAGGAGCACAUCCCCGAGGCCUGCCUGAAAGCAUUUAAGCCUUACCAAGGCAACCCAACCUUCGACCCUGAGUUUAUCCGCUCCAAGUCCACGGCCGCUGCAGGCCUGUGCUCCUGGUGCAUCAACAUCGUCCGCUUCUAUGAGGUCUACUGUGACGUGGCCCCCAAGAGGCUGGCCCUGGAGGAGGCUAAUGCAGAGCUGGCAGAGGCGCAGGAGAAGCUGUCCCGGAUCAAAAACAAGAUUGCCGAACUCAACGCCAACCUGAACAACCUAACGUCGGCCUUUGAGAAAGCGACAGCUGAGAAAAUCAAGUGUCAGCAAGAGGCCGACACCACAAAUAGGGUUAUCUCUCUGGCCAACAGGCUGGUGGGUGGACUAGCCUCAGAGAACGUCCGCUGGGCUGAAUCGGUGGAGAACUUCAAAAGCCAGGGCAUCACGCUGUGCGGGGACGUCCUGCUCAUCUCUGCCUUCGUCUCCUAUGUGGGCUACUUCACUAAGAAAUACCGAAAUGAACUGAUGGAGAAAUUCUGGAUCCCUUAUGUCAAUCACUUGAAGGUCCCCAUCCCGAUCACCGAAGGCCUAGACCCCUUGAGCCUGCUGACCGACGAUGCGGAUGUGGCCUCUUGGAACAACCAGGGCCUCCCCAGCGACCGCAUGUCCACUGAGAACGCCACCAUCCUGUGCAACACGGAGCGCUGGCCCCUGAUCGUGGACGCCCAGCUUCAAGGGAUCAAGUGGAUCAAAAACAAAUAUGGGAAUGAACUGAAAGCCAUCCGCCUGGGACAGAAGAGCUACCUCGACAUCAUUGAGCGGGCCAUUUCAGAAGGGGACACUCUGCUCAUUGAGAACAUUAGCGAGACGGUGGAGCCCGUGCUGGAUCCCCUGCUGGGCAGGAACACCAUCAAGAAGGGAAAGUACAUUAAGAUUGGUGACAAGGAGGUGGAGUACCACCCCAACUUCCGCCUGAUCCUGCACACUAAGUACUUCAACCCACACUACAAGCCCGAGAUGCAGGCGCAGUGCACCCUCAUCAACUUCCUGGUCACCAGGGAUGGCCUUGAGGACCAGCUCUUGGCUGCUGUGGUGGCCAAAGAGCGCCCAGAUCUAGAACAGCUGAAGGCUAACCUCACCAAGUCUCAAAAUGAAUUUAAGAUUGUUCUGAAAGAGCUGGAAGAUUCUCUCCUGGCCCGUCUGUCAGCUGCAUCGGGGAACUUUCUGGGAGACACUGCCUUGGUGGAGAAUCUGGAGACCACCAAACACACAGCCAGCGAGAUUGAGGAGAAGGUGCAAGAAGCAAAGAUCACAGAAGUUAAGAUCAACGAGGCAAGAGAGAGCUACCGCCCUGCUGCAGAGAGGGCGUCCCUGCUGUACUUCAUCCUCAACGACCUCAACAAAAUCAACCCCAUCUACCAGUUCUCACUCAAGGCCUUCAACGUGGUGUUUGAGAAAGCUAUCCAGAAGACGGCUCCUGCUGACGAGGUGAAACAGCGCGUGGUCAACUUGACCGACGAGAUCACCUACUCUGUCUACAUGUACACCGCCCGGGGGCUCUUCGAGCGAGACAAACUCAUUUUUCUGGCACAAGUUGCAUUUCAGGUCUUAUCCAUGAAGAAAGAGCUGAACCCAGUGGAGCUGGACUUCCUCCUGCGGUUCCCUUUUAAGGCUGGGGUCGUGUCGCCAGUGGACUUCCUGCAGAACCAAGGCUGGGGCGGGAUCAAGGCCCUCUCGGAGAUGGAUGAAUUCAAAAACCUGGAUAGUGAUAUCGAAGGAUCUGCCAAGCGGUGGAAAAAGCUCGUGGAGUCAGAAGCCCCAGAAAAGGAGAUUUUCCCAAAGGAGUGGAAGAACAAGACAGCCCUGCAGAAGCUGUGCAUGGUGCGCUGCAUGCGGCCUGACCGCAUGACUUACGCCGUCAAGAACUUUGUGGAGGAGAAGAUGGGCAGCAAGUUUGUGGAAGGCCGGAGCGUUGAAUUCUCUAAGUCAUAUGAGGAGAGCAGCCCCUCCACGCCAAUCUUCUUCAUCCUCUCCCCAGGGGUAGACCCCUUGAAAGAUGUGGAAGCCUUGGGGAAAAAGCUGGGAUUUACCAUAGACAAUGGGAAACUCCAUAAUGUGUCCCUGGGGCAGGGACAAGAGGUAGUGGCCGAGAACGCUCUGGACGUGGCCGCAGAGAGUGGACACUGGGUCAUUCUGCAGAACAUCCACCUGGUGGCCCGCUGGCUGGGCACGCUGGACAAGAAGGUGGAGCGCUACAGCAGCGGCAGCCACGAGGACUACCGUGUGUUCAUCAGCGCGGAGCCGGCCCCCAGCCCCGAGUCCCACAUCAUCCCCCAGGGCAUCCUGGAAAACGCCAUCAAGAUCACCAACGAGCCCCCAACGGGCAUGUAUGCCAACCUGCACAAGGCCCUGGACCUCUUCACCCAGGACACCCUGGAGAUGUGCACCAAAGAGAUCGAGUUCAAGUGCAUCCUCUUCGCCCUGUGCUAUUUCCAUGCCGUGGUGGCCGAGAGGCGCAAGUUUGGUGCCCAGGGCUGGAACCGGUCGUACCCCUUCAACAAUGGGGACCUCACCAUCUCCAUCAACGUGCUCUACAAUUACCUAGAGGCCAACCCCAAGGUGCCCUGGGAUGAUCUACGCUACCUCUUUGGUGAAAUCAUGUACGGUGGCCACAUCACAGAUGACUGGGACCGCCGGCUGUGCAGGACCUACCUGGCAGAGUACAUCCGUGCAGAGAUGCUAGAGGGAGAGGUCCUCCUGGCCCCCGGGUUCCAGAUACCCCCCAACCUAGACUACAAGGGUUACCAUGAAUACAUUGAUGAGAACCUUCCCCCCGAGAGUCCCUAUCUGUAUGGCCUGCACCCCAAUGCGGAGAUCGGCUUUCUGACGGUCACCUCGGAAAAAUUGUUUCGCACUGUCCUAGAAAUGCAGCCCAAAGAGACAGACUCGGGAGCAGGCACAGGAGUAUCCCGAGAGGAGAAGGUCAAGGCCGUGCUGGACGACAUCCUCGAGAAGAUCCCAGAGACAUUCAACAUGGCUGAGAUCAUGGCAAAGGCCGCUGAGAAAACCCCUUAUGUGGUAGUUGCUUUCCAAGAAUGUGAAAGGAUGAACAUCCUGACCAACGAGAUGCGUCGUUCACUGAAAGAGCUGAACCUGGGGCUGAAGGGGGAACUGACCAUCACAACUGACAUGGAAGACCUGUCCACGGCUCUCUUCUACGACACUGUGCCGGACACAUGGGUGGCCCGGGCCUACCCCUCCAUGAUGGGCCUAGCAGCCUGGUACGCCGACCUGCUGCUUCGCAUCAGGGAACUCGAGGCCUGGACAACAGACUUUGCCCUGCCUACCACUGUGUGGCUGGCGGGGUUCUUCAACCCCCAGUCCUUCCUCACUGCCAUCAUGCAGUCCAUGGCCAGGAAAAACGAGUGGCCCCUGGACAAGAUGUGUCUCUCUGUGGAAGUGACCAAGAAAAAUCGGGAGGACAUGACUGCUCCCCCCCGAGAGGGCUCCUAUGUGUAUGGGCUCUUCAUGGAAGGAGCUCGCUGGGACACCCAGACUGGAGUCAUCGCUGAAGCACGGCUGAAGGAGCUGACGCCAGCCAUGCCUGUGAUCUUCAUCAAGGCCAUCCCUGUGGAUCGCAUGGACACCAAGAACAUAUAUGAGUGUCCCGUGUACAAAACACGCAUCCGUGGCCCCACCUACGUCUGGACCUUCAAUCUGAAGACCAAAGAGAAGGCUGCCAAGUGGAUCCUGGCGGCCGUGGCCCUGCUCCUACAGGUGUAGCCCACCACACGCCCCGGCACAGUGCAGCCUAGCACAACUCAGAACCUCCACCCAGAAGCUCAGCCCUGCAACUCUUGCUGUCCUUCACAAGAAUGCAGAGUUGUUUUUGGUUCUCUUAAAUAAUCAGGUACUUUACAAACAAUACAUCUGGACUAACUAGAGGGUGAGGUUAACAUGGAAGAGGGGCACAGAUUAAAAACUGGAGCCACUCAGCUGCUUGUCUGAUUCACCUGCAACAGCCUUCGGCUCAUGCCUGAGCCACCAAGGGCCUGGCAUUGGCUUGGGGAGAGGCCCCAGGUCCUGGCAGCAAAGGCAAGCGUCCAGGAGCCAAACCCUGAACCCUGACUUCAUGGGGUGGGAGGUCAUUCAGGUUUGUUUUUCAACACAGUAGUGUGUGGCUGUCACACCAGGGAGGGGAAGGACAUUCCCCCACACAGUGUCUCCUCAGGCGACAUCCCCUUCCCUCAAGGAUAGGUGGACCCUUCAUGAUUAUGGUAAUGCCCACUCCAACCCCCACUCCCAGAAUUUGGAAGAACAAACUAUUCCACACAGGAACUCGGUGUAUGUGUCCCGGGAGGUCACCAGAUCUUACAUCCACUUUCUCUGUGGCAGCUCUGGCAUUUUCUCUCCUCUACUACCCCCACCAUCAGUCCCCACUUCCCGCCCACAUUGCAGGCUGGAUGCACCCACGAGAGGAGUGUGCUGGCUCGGGCUCCACGUGAGCUAGUCUAGGGUCAGGGGAGGCCCCUCCACAGAGAGCUGUGGUCCUGGCAUAAGGAAGGCCAAGGUCUCUGUUCUUCAUACAACUCCUUUGGCCUAUCUGUGACACAGUCAUUGAUAGAACCACCAUAAAAAAGUACCCGCGGGCGGCGCCGGCCCCAUAUACCGAGGGUGGUGGGUUCAAACCCGGCCCCGGCCAAACUGCAACAAAAAAAAUAGCCGGGCGUUGUGGCGGGCGCCUGUAGUCCCAGCUACUCGGGAGGCUGAGGCAAGAGAAUCGCUUAAGCCAAGGAGUUGGAGGUUGCUAUGAGCUGUGUGAGGCCACAGCACUCUACCGAGGGCUAUAAAGUGAGACUCUGUCUCUACAAAAAAAAAAAAAAAAAAGUACCCGCAACCUGCCCGGAGCCAGAGCUCAGGAAGAAAGGUGGUCUCCCUGCCCACAAGCUAGCAGAGAAGGCCUGAGAGGCAGCAGCAGGCCCUCUGUGCUCUGUGGGUGCCUGUCCCCAAGAAAUGGGCAGCUGCUGGGGGGUACUCGUGGAAGGGCUGCCAGAAGCAAGACCAGCGAACCCUAGACCUUUCAGACUCUGUGGCCCUGCUCAAGCAGGACGUGACAGCAAAGUAGCUGGGCUGCCAAACACACACAAGGGGAUCGAGAAGACUGGGGGUGAGGCAGGAGGAAGCUGAGCCACAGAUUGCAAGAAAGAUGGGUCCCUGCAGGGAGCAGUGGCUCACGCCUGUAAUCCCAGCACUGUGGGAGGCUGAGGAGGGAGAAUUGCUUGAGCUCAGGAGUUCAAGACUCGUCUGAGCGAAAGUGAGACCCCAACUCAUGAAAAAAAAUUAAAAAACCCAGCCGGGCGCCUGUAAUCCCAGCGGCUUCCGGAGGCUGAGGCAGCGGGGUGCCCGCAGCCCAAGUCUAAGAUUGCAAUUACCACACCCACUGCACUCUGCUCAGGGGCACAGGGUGGGACCCUGUAUCAACAACAACAACAACAAAAAAAAGUAAUAAGAAAGACGGGUCCCACGGGCACUGGGACCUGAAACAUCUGACAUUUAUUAGACUUAAAAGCAAAGUAAAGGGAACCCUCUCUAGCAAAGUUCUGUAAAAAUAUUUUUCCAAGUAUACGCACCCAAACCAUGGGUGAAGAGGCGGCCCAGGAAGUCUGCACUGAAGGUAAUGAUUCACAACAAUCCCAGGGCCUGGGAGGGGCUACCAUAGGAAGAAAGAAAACAGCCCAGGACACCCUCCCUGGGGCUGCAGUGGAGGCGGCUCAAGGCCACUGGCCUGGCUACUGGCAACUACUCUGCUGGCCAGAAGGGGUCACUGCAGCCCCUCGGGUCCAGCGGGGGGGGGGGGGGGAGGGGGGCAGGCCACUCCUGACCAGAGCAGAUAAAACUGCAGUGGCCACCAAGCAACAGGUUCCAAUCCCUGGUAAUAACCACAAAAUGUGAAGUUUUUCCAACUUUGCCUUUAGAUCCUGAAAUAAAACAGUAAUUUAUUCCACAUGUACACAUCAUGGGCAGGUAACAGAAUUGUCUCCACUUUCCACAAGAUGAUUCAACUCUGGGUUGUACUCCAGGGAUGAGAAGGCUGGGAUUAGGACCAAAGCUGGGGCAGCCCUUCCUGCUGCUGUCUGUUUCCCCAGGCUGCUCUGCCUCCAAGUCAGGGGACAGCACCUGCCCAGGACAGCCCUGAAGGUCAUUAGCAAAGACAAAGGGAGCAGUGGGGUGCAGAGGGCACAGCGGCAGAUUGCUCAAGCCCGGCUGUGGCACAAUGAUGUUGACUCUGGUCCCACAGACUCUGCAGGAAUGCGAGCUCUGUUUACCUAAAGCCUCUCUCCAAACAGAGUCCCAGUGCCUGAGCACAUUCCUUUGGCUCCUCCAGUCUAAUUGUCCCACAGGACAAUUUAAUAACUGGUCGGAACAAACAGUGUUAACUGAUGUGCUGCUACCCAGGGUGGCAUAGCCUAUGCCCUACUCCCAACCACUAAAACCUGCAGGUCUGCAGAGGUGAGCGGGGGAUGGGGGUGGGGAGAGAGAGAGGGUCUGAGAUUGUCCUUGUAUAAGGGUAGGCGCUCCCAGGUGCACACAGCAAGGCUGGCAGGCCACAACCAUUCAGGCCCCAUGAAAGGUGAGCAGCCCUUAAAGCUGCUUCCCAGAGGCAAAAAUAUAGGGACAGAACCCAAUCCUCCUCCCCUAAAGGACAGGCCCUUCUCACCCCAGUGCUCUGGAGCCAAGAGGCUUCUCUAUGGAAAGGCCUUUCUCUGUAGAAGCUCAAGCACCUUAAGUGAGGAAACUGGGCCAUGAGUUAUUGAAGCAGCUCCCGGAGACACCACUGGGGAAGGGGGCUGGCUUUUAUAAACACAGACACACAGACACACACACACAGGUGCAUUCAAGAUGCCCUGCUGUAAGAAGGUGUCACAAAAACAUUUUAAGUAGAUCCAAUAAAAAUAAGGUUCAGGGUGGCGCCUGUGGCUCAGUGAAUAGAGUGCCAGCCCCAUAGACACAUAUACAGAGGGUGGCAAGUUCAAACCCGGCCCCGGCCAAACUCCAACAACAAAAAAAUAGCCAGGGGUUGUGGCGGGCACCUGGAAUCCUAGCUACUCGGGAGGCUGAGGCAAGAGCCUAAGCCCAAGAGCUGGAGAUUGCUGUGAGCUGUGAUGCCACAGCAUUCUACCGAGGGUGACAAAGUGAGACUCUGUCUCAAAAAAAAAUAAUAAUUAAAAAUAAUAAUAAGGUUCAGGGCAGCGCCUGUGCCUCAAAGGAGUAGGGCGUCAGCCCCGUAUGCCAGAGGUGGUGGGUUCAAACCCAGCUCUGGCCAAAAACUGCAAAAAAAUAAACUAAGGUUCACUGGCCAGGCCUGGUGGCUCACACCUGUAAUCCUAGCACUCUAGGAAGCCAAGGAGGGUGGAUUGCCUGAGUUCACGGGUUCAAGACCAGCCUGAGCAACAGCAAGACCCUAUCUCUAAAGAAAAGAGCUGGGCACUGUGACAGGUGCCUGUAGUCCUAACUACUCGGGAGGCUGAGGCAAGAGAACCGCUUAAGCCCAAGAAUUUAAAGUUGCUGUGACCUAUGAUGCCACAGCACUCUGUUUAGGGCUACAAAGUGUAACUCUGUCUCCAAAAAAAAAAAAAAAAAGGGUUCAAUCUUUAAAAAAAAAAUAGAUUGCAAGGGGAAAAAAAUAGAGGAAUAUGCACUUACAAGAGACUUUGCCGGGCGGCACCUGUGGCUCAGUGAGUAGGGCACCAGCCCCAUAUGCCGAGGGUGGCGGGUUCAAACCCAGCCCCGGCCAAACUGCAACAAAAACAUAGCUCGGCGUUGUGGCAGGCGCCUGUAGUCCCAGCUGCUCGGGAGGCUGAGGCAAGAGAAUCCGUAAGCCCAAAGAGUUAGAGGUUGCGGUGAGCCGUGGGACGCCACGGCACUCUACCCGAGGGCGGUACAGUGAGACUCUGUCUCUACGAAAAAAAAAAAAAAAAGAGAGAGACACUUUGCCAACAUAUCACAAGGUGUAGGCCUUAAGCAAAUCUCAAGGUAAAGAAAUAAAAAAAAAAAAAUUAAGGUGGGCGGCGCCUGUGGCUCAAGGAGUAGGGCGCUGGUCCCAUAUGCCAGAGG